AACCGAACUCCUAACGUCUAUUCCUAGCCACUAGUCCUUAACCUCUGUGGAACACGUCACAGGGUCAAGGAGAGAUGGUUAGGAGAACUCGCGAGGAUUUAGGAAAAGAGAACCGCGGUGUUUAAGGAAUGCGACUCCACUUUCACUAAGCUACGUAGUUAUGAUGCGGCGGAAGACGCAUGUUAGUGACGUCAGUAACCCGCGACGGAACUACAAUAUCUCUGAAGUUGGACUACAAAGAAGCGCAUCUUCGAUGCCUUCGUCCAUUUGUUGUUAGAGUGCUGAGUCACGUAGACGACAUAAAAACAACCAGCUUCAAACAAAACCCGAGCGUCGGUAUGGCAAGCAGGCUCACUCUCCCGGAGUUUGACCUCUCCUGUUCCAUAUGCUGCGAGAUCUUCAGGGACCCCGUGGUCCUCAAGUGCAGCCACAGCUUCUGCGCGCCCUGUCUGCAGCAGUACUGGACCCAGGGGCCGCGGAGACGCGACUGCCCCCUGUGCAGGAGCCAGAGCGUGGACGACCCCGUGCCCAGCCUCACCCUGAGGAACCUGUGCGAGGCCUUCAUUCAGGAGGGCGAGGGUGGGGAGGAAACCGCCGACGAGUCGCUGUACUGCGACCCGGGGGAGAUGUGCCCUCUGCACGGCGAGCGGCUCAAGCUGUACUGCGUCGCCGACGAGGAGCCCAUCUGCGUGGUGUGCCACACCUCCAGGAAGCACAAGCAGCACGACUGCUGCCCCGUCGGCGAGGCCGUCCUUCUCGUGAAGGAGAAGAUGACGUCCGCCCUCGGCUCGAUGCUGGUGAAGAGGGACGCUUUUGACAAAAUGAAGAAAAACUACGAGGACGCGGUGGAAUGCGUUCAGGUCCAGGCCCGCUUCGUGGAGAGGCGCACCCGGGAGGAGUUCGAGAAGCUCCACAGCUUCCUCGACGCCGAGGAGGAGGCCAUGAUGGAGGAGCUGAAGAGGGAGGAGGAGCAGAAGAGUCUGGCGCUGAGGCAGAAGAUCGACGAGAUGGCAGGGGACAUGGCGUCCGUGUCUGAAUCCAUCCGAGUUCUGGAGGAGGAGAUUGCUCUGCAGUGCAUCUCGAUCCUUCACAAAUGCAAGACGGCGCUGGCGAGAGCCAGCAGCCCGAGUGAAGAUCCGGUCAUGCCUGCGGGGGUGCUCAUCGACGUGGCCAGGUAUCUGGGCUCUCUGAGCUUCAACGUGUGGGAGAAGAUGCUUCCGACCGUCAAAUUCAACCCGGUGACCCUUGACCCGAACACCGCCGCCCCGUGGCUGGUCCUGUCGGAGGACCUCGCCAGCGUGCGCGACGGCGACGAGAGGCGCAAGCUGCCGGACAACCCGGAGCGCUUCGACCCGGACACCGGCGUGCUGGGCCGCGAGAGCUUCGCCUCGGGCCGGCACGCCUGGGUGGUGAACGUGGGGGAGAACACGGCGUGGGUCGUCGGCGUGGCCAAGAAGUCCGUCCGCAGGAAGGAGAAGGUGUCCUCGGUGCUGAAGAACGGCUACCUGGGCGUGUACUUUUACCACAAGAUGUACUUCGCGGGCACCUCUCCCCUGACCAGGCUCAACCCCAAGAGGAGCCCGCGGAGGAUCCGGGUGCAGGUGGACUGCGAGAAGGGCAGGGUCUCUUUCUACGACCCGCACGACAACACGCACAUCUACACCUUCAAGCACGCCGUCACCGAGAGGCUCUUCCCGUACUUCUGGGUGGGCUGCCAGCAGUGUCCUCUGACGCUGGAGCCGCUGGAAGUUUCUGUGAAGGCUGUCGAAUGUUUCUGAAAGUCGAUUUUUCAGCUUCUCAACUUGUACCCCCCCCCCCCCCCCAGCACAAAAGGUGGAGUUUGUUUUGGUGAUUUGUGCAUGAUUUUAGCACUUUCUUCUUUGUCCAAUGAGAUGCCUUAGACCUCCAUUUUAAAACGUACUUUGUGUCGGUAUACAUUUUAGUCUCUGCACUUUAAAACCUCUGUGAAACAGUACUGCUAUAUCUUCUAUAAUAAGAGUACUAAUCUACAAAUAAAUGAUUUGCUCAUCC